GUAAAUAUAAGAUAAAAAUUUAUUUGGAGGAGAGGCACGUGAUAACAACUUCCUGUUUUUUGUUUUUUUUUAUUCAGUCAAAGAUGGCGGCGACCUUGUGUUCGAAAAUAAUACCGAAGCAAGGAUGGCGUCCCCUGGCGCAGAGUGUCCGACACGGCUCCAAAGCGGUGACUCGCCACAAAAAGCCUAUGCACUUUCUCAAACAGAAACUUAUGGCUGUGACAGAGUACAUUCCUCCCAAACCUGCUGCACCCAAGGGCGCUUAUCCAGCCGAGACCAUACAAGUGAAAGAGGAAAGUGGUUUAGCAUUACUGAAGAAGAAACAGAUAAAAGAAGCUUUUCAGGCCAAUAAGAUGAUUGCUGUGGCUCAGAACAGUGGCAGUAAUGUGGAAGACAUCUUGAUUCUCAAAUACAGGCUUCAUAAACACAACAUCAGCGUCAAAUUCUUCCCCAAUGAGAUUAUGCGAUCAUUUCUAAAUGACAGUAAAUAUUGUAAUAUGGCCCCCUUGUUCUGUGGUCCCACUGUGCUGCUUGUGAGUAAAGAACCUAAAGUGAAGGAACUUUUGAAGACUGUGAAAGGCAGUCCACAGAUCACACUUUUAGGAGGCUGUGUGGAGGACUCCAUUUUGAGCACACAGGGUCUGUUGAAUUACUCCAAACUCCCAUCGCUGACUGUGGUUCAGGGUGAGCUGGUGAGCGGUCUGACCAUGUUGACGUCUCAAACCGCUGCUUUGCUUCAAAGACACCCGUCGCACCUGUCGGCCCUCCUCACACAGUAUCUCAAACAGCAGAGUGGAGACACAGAGGCAGCUACUGCAUCUGGAGAAUCAUCGUGAAGAUUUUCAACAGAUAUCUAUGAACUAACGGAAACUAGAACACUUUGGGCUGCUUGGUCAAUAUGGGGAUGUCCUUUUGGAAUUACUAGACCAAUUGCCAUCUUUCGGACUUGACUGUGGACAUUUACAAAUUAAUGUAAUUUAAAAUCUAUUAGCAAGUUCCAAUUAAAACUCUUAACUCUC